AACCAAAUUCCAAUUGAAAUGAAAUCUUUAGGAUAAAUCAAUGCAAUUUAGGAGGAAUCAAUGAAAGGACAUCAAUUCAAAUCCUGGAUUUUCGAAUUGAGAGAAAUAGUGAGAGAGAUCAAGAAUUCUCACUAUUUCUUAGAUUCAUGGACCCAAAUCAAUUCAGUGGGAUCUUUCAUUCAUAUUUUUUUCCACCAAGAACGUUUUAGAAAACUCUUGGACCCUCGAAUUUUUAGUAUCCUACUUUUGCGCAAUUCACAGGGUUCAACAAGCAAUCGAUAUUUCACGAUCAAGGGUGUAGUACUAUUUGUAGUAGCGGCCCUUCUAUAUCGUAUUAACAAUCGAAAUAUGGUCGAAAGCAAAAAUCUCUAUUUGAAAGGGCUUCUUCCUAUACCUAUGAAUUCCAUUGGACCCAGAAAUGAUACAUCGGAAGAAUCUUUUGGGUCUUCCAAUAUCAAUAGGUUGAUUGUUUCGCUCCUGUAUUUUACAAAAGGAAAAAAGAUCUCUGAGAGCUGUUUCCGGGAUCCGAAAGAGAGUACUCGGGUUCUCCCAAUAACUAAAAAGUGUAUCAUGCCUGAAUCUAACUGGAGUUCGCGGUGGUGGAGGAACUGGAUCGGAAAAAAGAGGGAUUUUUGUUGUAAGAUAUCUAAUGAAACCGUCGCUGGAAUUGAUAUCUCAUUUAAAGAGAAAGAUAUCAAAUAUCUGGAGUUUCUUUUUGUAUAUUAUAUGGAUGAUCCGAUCCGCAAGGGCCAUGAUUGGGAAUUGUUUGAUCGUCUUUCUCCGAAUAAGAGGCGAAACAUAAUCAACUUGAAUUCGGGACAGCUAUUCGAAAUCUUAGUGAAAGACUGGAUUUGUUAUCUCAUGUUUGCUUUUCGUGAAAAAAUACCAAUUGAAGUGGAGGGUUUCUUCAAACAACAAGGAGCUGGGUCAACUAUUCAAUCAAAUGAUAUUGAGCAUGUUUCCCAUCUCUUCUCGAGAAACAAGCGGGCUAUUUCUUUGCAAAAUUGUGCUCAAUUUCAUAUGUGGCAAUUCCACCAAGAUCUCUUCGUUAGUUGGGGGAAGAAUCCGCACGAAUCGGAUUUUUUGAGGAAAAUAUCGAGAGAGAAUUGGAUUUGGUUAGACAAUGUGUGGUUGGUAAACAAGGAUAGAUUUUUUAGCAAGGUACGAAAUGUAUCGUCAAAUAUUCAAUAUGAUUCUACAAGAUCUAGUUUCGUUCAAGUAACGGAUUCUAGCCAAUUGAACGGAUCUUCUGAUCAAUUCAUAGAUCCUUUCGAUUCCAUUAGUAAUGAGGAUUCGGAAUAUCACUAUCACACAUUGAUCAAUCAAAGAGAGAUUCAACAACUAAAAGAAAGAUCGAUUCUUUGGGAUCCUUCCUUUAUUCAAACGGAAGGAAGAGAGAUAGAAUCAGACCGAUUCCCUAAAUACCUUUCUGGAUAUUCCUCAAUGCCCCGGCUAUUCACGGAACGUGAAAAGCGAAUGAAUAAUCAUCUGCUUCCGGAAGAAAGCGAAGAAUUUUUUUGGAAUUCUACAAGAGCCAUUCGUUCUUUUUUCUCUGACAGAUGGUCAGAACUUCAUCUGGGUUCGAAUCCUACUGAGAGGUCCACUAGGGAUCAGAAAUUGUUGAAGAAAGAACAAGAUGUUUCUUUUGUCCCUUCCAGGCGAUCGGAAAAUAAAGAAAUAGUUAAUAUAUUCAAGAUAAUUACGUAUUUACAAAAUACCGUCUCAAUUCAUCCUAUUUCAUCAGAUCUGGGAUGUGAUACGGUUCCGAAGGAUGAACUGGAUAUGGACAGUUCCAAUAAGAUUUCAUUCUUGAACAAAAAUCCAUUUUUUUAUUUAUUUCAUCUAUUCCAUGAACGGAAGAGGGGGGGAUACACGUUACGCCACGAUUUUGAGUCAGAAGAGAGAUUUCAAGAAAUGGCAGAUCUAUUCACUCUAUCAAUAACCGAGCCGGAUCUGGUGUAUCAUAAGGGAUUUGCCUUUUCUAUUGAUUCCUACGGAUUGGAUCAAAGACAAUUCUUGAAGGAGGUUUUCAACUCCAGGGAUGAAUUGAAAAAGAAAUCUUUAUUGGUUCUACCUCCUAUUUUUUAUGAAGAAAAUGAAUCUUUUUAUCGAAGGAUCAGAAAAAAUUGGGUCCGGAUCUCCUGCGGGAAUUUUUUUGAAGAUCCAAAACCAAAAAGAGUGGUAUUUGCUAGCAACAACAUAAUGGAGGCAGUCAAUCAAUAUAGAUUGAUCCGAAAUCUGAUUCAAAUCCAAUUCCAAUAUAGUCCCUAUGGGUACAUAAGAAAUGUAUUGAAUCGAUUCUUUUUAAUGAAGAGACCUGAUCGCAACUUCGAAUAUGGAAUUCAAAGGGAUCUAAUAGGAAAUGAUACUCUGAAUCAUAGAACUAUAAUGAAAGAUACGAUCAACCAACAUUUAUCGAAUUUGAAAAAGAGUCAGAAGAAAUGGUUCGAUCCUCUUAUUUUUCUUUCUCGAACCGAGAGAUCCAUAAAUCGGGAUCCUAAUGCAUAUAGAUACAAAUGGUCCAAUGGGAGCAAGAAUUUCCAGGAGCAUUUGAAACAUUUCGUUUCUGAGCGGAAGAGCCGUUUUCAAGUAGUGUUCGAUCGAUUAUGUAUUAAUCAAUAUUCGAUUGAUUGGUCUGAGGUUAUUGAUAAAAAAGAUUUGUCUAAGUCACUUCGUUUCUUUUUGUCCAAGUUACUUCGUUUUUUGUCCAAGUUACUUCUCUUUUUGUCUAACUCACUUCCUUUUUUCUUUGUGAGUUUCGAGAAUAUCCCCAUUCAUAGGUCUGAGAUCCACAUCUAUGAAUUGAAAGGUCCGAACGAUCAACCCUGCAAUCAGUUGUUAGAAUCAAUAGGUCUUCAAAUCGUUCAUUUUAAAAAAUUGAAACCCUUUUUAUUGGAUGAUCAUAAUACUUCUCAAAAAUCGAAAUUCUUGAUCAAUGGAGGAACAAUAUCACCAUUUUUGUUCAAUAAGAUACCAAAGUGGAUGAUUGACUCAUUCCAUACUAGAAAGAAUCGCAGGAAAUCUUUUGAUAACACGGAUUCCUAUUUCUCAAUCGUAUCCCACGAUCAAGACAAUUGGCUGAAUCCCGUGAAACCAUUUCAGAGAAGUUCAUUGAUAUCUUCUUUUUCUAAAGCAAAUCGACUUCGAUUCUUGAAUAAUCCACAUCACUUCUGCUUCUAUUGUAACAAAAGAUUCCCUUUUUAUGUGGAAAAGGCCCGUCUCAAUAAUUCUGAUUUUACGUAUGGACAAUUCCUCACUAUCUUGUUCAUUCACAACAAAAUAUUUUCUUCGUGUGGUGGUAAAAAAAAACAUGCUUUUUUGGAGAGAGAUACUAUUUCACCUUCGUCAAUCGAGUCACAGGUAUCUAACAUAUUCAUAUCUAACGAUUUUCCACAAAGUGGUGACGAAAGGUAUAACUUGUACAAAUCUUUCCAUUUUCCAAUUCGAUCCGAUCCAUUAGUUCGUAGAGCUAUUUACUCGAUUGCAGACAUUUCUGGAACACCUCUAAUAGAGGGACAAAGAGUAAAUUUGGAAAGAACGUAUUGUCAAACUCUUUCAGAUAUGAAUCUAUCCGAUUCAGAAGAGAAGAGCUUGCAUCAGUAUCUCAAUUUCAAUUCAAACGUGGGUUUGAUUCACACUCCAUGUUCUGAGAAAUAUUUACAGAGGAAAAAACGGAGUCUUUGCCUAAAAAAAUGCGUUGACAAAGGGCAGAUGGAUAGAACCUUUCAACGAGAUAGUGCUUUUUCAACUCUCUCAAAAUGGAAUCUAUUCCAAACAUAUAUGCCAUGGUUCUUUACUUCGACAGGGUACAAAUAUCUAAAUUUGAUAUUUUUAGAUAUUUUUUCAGACCUAUUGCGGAUACUAAGUAGCAGUCAAAAAUUUGUAUCCAUUUUUCAUGAUAUUAUGUAUGGAUUAGAUAUAUCAUGGCGAAUUCUUCAGAAAAAAUUGUGUCUUCCACAAAGGAAUCUGAUAAGUGAGAUUUCGAGUAAGUCUUUACAUAAUCUUCUUCUGUCCGAAGAAAUGAUUCAUCGAAAUAAUGAGUCAUCGUUGAUAUCGACACAUCUGAGAUCGCCAAAUGUUCGUGAGGUCCUCUAUUCAAUCCUUUUCCUUCUUCUUGUUGCUGGAUAUAUCGUUCGUACACAUCUUCUCUUUGUUUCCCGAGCCUAUAGUGAGUUACAGACAGAGUUCGAAAAGAUCAAAUCUUUGAUGAUUCCAUCAUACAUGAUUGAGUUGCGAAAACUUCUGGAUAGGUAUCCUACAUCUGAACAGAAUUCUUUCUGGUUAAAGAAUCUUUUUCUAGUUGCUCUGGAACAAUUAGGAGAUUGUCUAGAAGAAAUACGGGGUUCUGGCGGCAACAUGCUAUGGGGUGGUGAUCCCGCUUAUGGGGUCAAAUCAAUACGUUCUAAGAAGACAGAUUUGAAAAUAAACUUCAUCGAUAUCAUCGAUCUCAUAAGUAUCAUACCAAAUCCCAUCAAUCGAAUCACUUUUUCGAGAAAUACGAGACAUCUAAGUCAUACAAGUAAAGACAUCUAUUCAUUGAUAAGAAAAAGAAAAAACGUGAGCGGUGAUUGGAUUGAUGAUAAAAUAGAAUCCUGGGUCGCGAACAGUGAUUCGAUUGAUGAUAAAGAAAGAGAAUUCUUGGUUCAGUUCUCCACCUUAAGGGCAGAAAAAAGGAUUGAUCAAAUUCUAUUGAGUCUGACUCAUAGUGAUCAUUUAUCAAAGAAUGACUCUGGUUAUCAAAUGAUUGAACAACCGGGAACAAUUUACUUACGAUACUUAGUUGACAUUCAUAAAAAGUAUCUAAUGAAUUAUGAGUUCAAUACAUCCUGUUUAGCAGAAAGACGGAUAUUCCUUGCUCAUUAUCAGACAAUCACUUAUUCACAAACUUCGUGUGGGGCUAAUAGUUUUCAUUUCCCGUCUCAUGGAAAACCCUUUUCGCUCCGCUUAGCCCUAUCCCCCUCUAGGAGUAUUUUAGUGAUAGGUUCUAUAGGAACCGGACGAUCCUAUUUGGUCAAAUACCUAGCGACAAACUCCUAUGUUCCUUUCAUUACAGUAUGUCUGAACAAGUUCCUGGAUAACAAGCCGAAAGGUUUUUUCUUGAUGAUAUCGAUAUUGAUGAUAGUGACGAUAUUGAUGCUAGUAACGAUAUUGAUCGUGAACUUGAUACGGAGCUGGAGCUUCUAACUAUGAUGAAUGCGCUAACUAUGGAUAUGAUGUCGGAAAUAGACCGAUUUUAUAUCACCCUUCAAUUCGAAUUAGCAAAAGCAAUGUCUCCUUGCAUAAUAUGGAUUCCAAACAUUCAUGAUCUUGAUGUGAAUGAGUCGAAUUACUUAGCCCUCGGUCUCUUGGUGAACUCUCUCUCCAGGGAUUGUGAAAGAUGUUCGACUAGAAAUAGUCUUGUUAUUGCUUCGACUCAUAUUCCCCAAAAAGUGGAUCCCGCUCUAAUAGCCCCGAAUAAAUUAAAUACAUGCAUUAAAAUAAGAAGGCUUCUUAUUCCACAACAACGAAAGCACUUUUUCACUCUUUCCUAUACUAGGGGAUUUCACUUGGAAAAGAAAAUGUUCCAUACUAAUGGAUUCGAGUCCAUAACCAUGGGUUCCAGUGCACGAGAUCUUGUAGCACUUACCAAUGAGGCCUUAUCAAUUAGUAUUACACAGAAGAAAUCAAUUAUA